AUGACGCCCACUUCGCUCAGCAUCGUCGUCAAGAACAACUCCAACGCGGCCCAGCUGUACGCCUACGUGACGGGCACCGCGGACCAGGGCGCCUUCUUCCUCAGCGCGGACGGCGUGACGCCCUACUACCCGGCCUCGCCGUCGGCGACGCUGCAGCCGCUGGGCAAGGACUGCGCCGUGGCGGUGGGCGGGCCGGGCCAGAGCCGGACGCUGACGAUACCGCGGCUGGCGGGCGCGCGGGUGUGGUUCAGCCUGGACGCGCCGCUGACGUUCCUGCUGAACCCGGGCCCGUCGGGGCCGGCGGUGGUGGAGCCGUCGGCGACGAACCCGGCGGACAAGAACUACGACGUGCGGUGGGCGUUUGCGGAGCUGACGCUCAACGAGGCGGAGCUGUACGUCAACGUGUCGUACGUCGACUUCUUCAGCGUGCCGGUGUCGCUGAAGCUGGAGAACGGGAAAGGGGAGGUGAAGAGCGUGGAGGGGAUGCCGGCGGGGGCGCUGGACGACGUGUGCGGGCAGCUGGCUGCGCAGGGGGCCAAGGACGGCAAGGGGUGGGAGAAGCUGGUUGUGAAGACGGCGGACGGGAAGAGCAACUUGCGGGCGCUGAGCCCCAACGCCGGCGGCGUCAUGUUCCAGGGGCUGUUUGACGGGUAUUACGACGGGUACGUGGAUGCGGCGUGGGCCAAGUACAAGAGCGAGGACCUGGUGGUGAACAUGCAGUUCGGGGACUGGGGCGAUGCGGUCGGGCGCGUCGACUCCACGGGAGAGAAGCUCGUCUUCAGCAACGGCGGCGGGACGUUUGCCAAGCCCUCGGCGGCGGACAUCUUCUCGUGCAGCUCGGGCCCGUUUGCGGGCGGCGAGGGCGUCUCGGACAAGCAGCUCAACGUCGGGGCGCGGCUGGCGGCGGCGCUGAACCGGAGCACGCUGCUGCUGGCGGGGCCGCACCCGGAGGGGGACGCGGUGAGCGAGUACUACCAGGACCCGACGACGAACCACUACGCGCGGAUCUGCCACGCGGUGAGCAUCGGCGGGCGGGGGUACGCGUUUCCGUACGACGACGUUGGCGCGACGGGGGGGGAGGACCAGAGCGGGUUCCUGAACGAUGGGGAUCCGAAGGUGUUGACGAUUGGGGUUGGGGGACCUCUGUGA